GCCAGCGAGUGAGCGAGCACAGAAGUUAAAGGGGAAGGCAGCCAUCCAGCGUUCGGGUCUGUCUGUCUGAGCAUAUUAUUCGAAAUGCCGUGCUGCAUAGUUAAAGGUUGUUCACACAAGAGUGGGCAAAAAUCCUUACAUCCAGAUGUCAUCUUACAUCAGUUUCCACACAGUAAAGAACAGAUAAAAAAAUGGCUAUUACAGACGGGUCAGUUUUCAGAGGAUCUAGACAUGAUGACGGAAAGAAUUAUCAAAGGUCUCAAACAAUCUAGUUUUCGAAUGUGUUCAAUGCAUUUUGAAGAACAUUGUUAUAUGAUGAAGAACAACAAAAAGGUUCUAAAACCAAAUGCAGUGCCAACCAUAUUUCCAACUAUUCCAAGACCUGCAGUACUUACAGCUCUUCCUAUGCCAACACCCAUUCCUCCAGCAAAACGUAAAAGAGUAGAAGAAGAAGAACAACCGUCAACCUCCCAAACUAUAAUUCGUAUAGUAUCGAGGCUUGUAACAACGUCAACACAAACGAAAGAUACUAUGUUUUGUUCUACCAAAGGAACAAUGACCUCUCCAAAUCAAUUUUCAAAUUCUGUUGGCAUUCAAAAUUCGGUUACUAUGAAGGAAAUUUCAACACAAACAAAAGAUUUUAUAGAGGCAGAAAUGUGUAAUGUAACUAAAGACCACACUUAUCCGGUUUGUUUCUCCACUCCACUUAAACAAAUAACAUUACAACAGAGCAGCAAUUUGGGAUCGCCGAUUGAACAAUCUCCAUCAUUUUGUGAUCCUUUAGUUUCACCAACGAAAUCAUCAGUUUCGGGUCAUGCCGAAAGGUCCUUUAUAGAAAGUUCCUCAGCAUAUCCUAAAGAUUCCACAUUUGAGAUUCAAGAGCAGACAUCCUCAGACGAUGUCGAUAUUACAGUAGGAUCUCUAGAUGAGCCAACAAUUACAGAGAAACAUGACUGUAGGAAACAACGAAAAUUCAUAGUAUACGAAAAACAGCUUGAUAUGCUGUUAAAUCUUGUUCGUUGUCAGCACAGGUCUGUUUCUCCCUGUAACGCUCCUAUUAUUGAAUGUAAAAAGUAUACUGAUGGGAGUAUGUUAAAAGUCAAACUGUCUUGUCUUGAUGGACAUGAUUCUCUGCAAUGGAACUCACAGCCUAUGUCAGACGAUAUAUCUAUUGGAAACGUCGCUUUGGCUAGCUGUAUUAUUCUGGUCGGCUACACCUACCAAAGAAUGAAGGAAUUUUUUAAUUUGAUGAACAUUCCUUUCUUUUCUCACACAAAAUCAGUACAUUUUUCCAGCCAUUGACAUCCAAUGGAAAAAAGAACGUGACAAUAUCAAAACUGCUUUGGAAGGUCAGUCAGUAGUAUUAGCUGGAGACGGGCAGUUUGAUAGCCCAGGUCACUGUGCAAAGUAUUGCACUUACUCGAUGAUGGACCUACUGUCAAAAAAAAUUGUCGAUUUUAAAAUCAGUCAACAAAAACCGGAAAAACAGUCUGAUAUGGAAACUCUCUCCCUCUGUUCAUGUUUGCAAAGUCUUACAGAAGAAAAAAUUGAUGUGAGGAUCGUAGUGACAGACAGACAUAGUGGAACAAGAAAACUGUUGCGAACCAAGUUCGCAAAUGUUGAUCAUCAAUUUGAUGUUUGGCAUCUGGGCAAAAGCAUUCGCCGAAAGUUGAUUGCCGCUUCGAAAAAGAAAAACUGCAAGGAUAUCACAUAUUGGAUAACACCGAUAAUAAACCACCUCUGGUGGUCUGCACAAACUUGCCAACAAAAUAAAGAUAUUCUUAUGGACAAGUGGAAAUCAGUGCUUUUUCACAUAGCGGACAAACACAAGUUUCCAACACUUGUACAUUACAAAAAAUGUCAGCAUAAACGGUUUACGUUAGCUCAAAAAAAGGACUGCAAAUGGAUUGGUUCAACACACCCUGCACAUGCAGCUUUGCGGAAGAUCAUAAUGGAUAAAUAUUUAUUAAAGGACCUUGCCCAAGUUGAAAAAUUUUGCCAUACUGGCGAUCUCGAAAAUUUUCACAGCAAGGUUCUGAAGUAUCGGCCAAAACGUUUGUCCUUCAGGAUGGACUCCAUGAUCGCUAGAACCAGUCUGGCUGUCUUGUCACACAACAGAAACGUACAUAGAGAACAAGCAGUAGUGAAAAAUCCACACGCAUCAUCGGCAGGUUUGGGUGAAAAAAGGUUCAAAAUCGUUUUUCCCAAACAAAAAAAAGAAUGGGUUGCCAAGCCAAUUUUUGAAUCUGUUGUGGAUGAUCAUCUUUUCCAAAUAAUGUCUGAUUCACUAAACAUUCUGACAGGAAAAUUGAAACAUCAAUGGUUGUCACAAUCGAAACAAAUGCCACAAAAUAUUGCUGCAGCAGAACGUCCCGGGAAAAGUGAGAUCAUUGCAAAACAUGUGUCUCGCUUCUCAAGUUCAUAAUUAUGAGUAUGUCAAAUUUUUGGACUGAUUGCUUCAUUUAAUUGAGCAGUAAAUAAAGUUGAUGUACAUUGACAUUCUGGCAAUUAGAAUCUACAAAGUUUAGAAUUUGUAUUACAAAUUUAUUUUAGAUUUAGAAUAUUAUACUUACCAUUUUAUUUGAAAUGAAACAGACACAUUUUUCAAAAUAAAAGUUUUAUUUUCUUGUCUUUGAAUAAUAAGUUUUGCAAAUAAAAUAAGUUGUUUAGAUAUUAGCAAUAUAUGUUGAUUAUUAUGGUCAUAAUACAACAUGUAUAAUUUUUAAAUAUCUCU